AUGAAGCUGGAAACGUACAACGGAAUUAUUGCUAUGAUACAAAAAUACAGCUGUGAUGAUAAGUCCCAAAAAUCAGAUGGACAGUGUUCAGCAAAGGAUCAGUUUAGUAGUGCUAGAGACCUACUGCCUGAAAUAGGAAAACAUUUUCCAGGAGUUUCUUUGAAAACAUUAGGUAGCAUCUUCUCUCAGGAGUACCAGAAAAAAAUGAGGAAAAGUCACUAUCAUCAUUACCAAGGUCAUGUUCAAGACUAUUACCACCAGGUGUAUUUGCAGGGAGUCAAGCAAGGCAAGGAUCACAUCAUCUUGAGUUUGGCAGGCGAGGUGGACCUCUCUCCAGCCCAGCUUGCGAGGAUCAUCCUGGAAAAACACCUGUCGGGUUCGGAGCACGAUUCUGAAAGUCCUCGACGACCUCUGGUCACCAGACUGAUGAAGGAACCAUGCUUGAUUGAGGAUCCUCUUCUUGCCAAAGAAGUCCACGAGUGCAUCAUUUGUGAUGAUCAUUACGGUUCCUUUGUGGAUUGCAUUAAACAUUCGAUAGGGCACGAGUAUGAGUGCAAGCUGAAGCAGACGCUGGAUGACCUUGGCUUGACCUACAUUGAUGAGGACCAGAUGAGAGAUCGUGGGUACGAUAAGACUCCAGACUGCAAACUUGAGGUGCCCAUUGCUGUGGAUGGACAUGUUGUGAACUGGAUAGAGAGUAAAGCAUCUUUUGGGGAUGAGUACAGCCAUAAGGGCUAUCUGAAGGACCAGUUCUGGUCGUACUGGAACCGGUUUGGGCCGGGGAUGGUGAUCUACUGGUUUGGCUUCAUUGAGGAGCUGGACGUUCACCAAGCUAAAGGAAUCAUACUCAGAGACAGUUUCCCAGAAAACAUUGUCACUAUGCUUUGAAGGAUUUGAUUGUGAAUGGAAUAAAUAAAACUGGUUUUAAUCUUGUUGUUAAUACU